AAAGCGCCAUUUUUGUUUUUUCCCGUCAACGUUAACUUAAGUUUAUAAUCUCCGAAUUAACCCAAAAUAACUCGAAAAAACUGUAAGAAACCCCUCGUUUUAACAUGAGCGAUAAACCGAACGGGGACGAUGGAAAUACUAUCCCUUUAACCGAUAAUAGCUUGAUUGUUGACAUAUCCGAUGCCUUAAGUGAAAAAGAUAAAGUUAAAUUCACAGUUCAUACUCGGACAACGCUAAAAACGUUUCAAAAGCCUGAGUUUUUAGUUGUGAGGCAACACGAGGAUUUUAUUUGGUUACAUGAUCGAUAUGAAGAGAAUCGUUCUUAUGCAGGUUAUAUCAUUCCACCACCUCCUCCACGUCCAAACUUUGAUGGGUCAAGAGAAAAACUUCAAAGAUUAGGGGAAGGUGAAGGAACGAUGACGAAAGAGGAAUUUAAUAAAAUGAAACAAGAAUUAGAAGCGGAAUAUUUGGCGACGUUUAAAAAAACCGUAGCAAUGCACGAAGUGUUUUUAACGCGUUUAGCGAGUCACGCGGUUUUUCGUGAAGACGAACAUCUCAGAGUUUUCCUUGAAUACGAAAAAGAGUUGUGUGCGAGACCUCGCGGUCGCCUCCAACAACUGGGGGGCUUGGUAAAAUCUUUAAGUAACACGACCGAUCAAUAUUAUUUAAACGCAAAAGUGCGUGAUGUUAAUGAUUUUUUUGAACAACAAAUGAAUGCCUUAACCGAGUAUAACGGACAGUUAAAAGAGGCUACUGUUCGUACUGAUAAAAUGACUGAAAAACACAAAGAGGUCGCUGAUAGUUUCAUUAAAAUUUCGAGUCGGUUAAUUGAAUUGGCCAAUAUUGAUCCAGGUCCACUAGAUAAAUUUAUGUCGAAAGUUGCUGAUACUUUUGAAAGAGCUAGAAAACUUGAAAGUAGAGUAGCUAGCGAUGAAGAUUUAAAACUUGCGGAUACUUUACGUUAUUAUAUGAGGGAUAGUCACGCAGCUAAAGAACUUUUGGUGCGUCGAUUAAGGUGUUUGGCGGCUUAUGAAGCUGCUAAUAGGACUUUGGAGAAAGCUAGGCACAAAAAUAAGGAUAUUCAUGCGGCACCGGAAGUGCAAGAGGCUGAACAAGCUCAAUCCGACGCCUGCGAACAUUUCGAAGCAAUUUCAGCCCAAGCUAAAGAAGAACUCUUAGAUUUUAAAACAAGAAGAUUACACGCUUUUAGAAAAAGUUUAAUUGAGUUGGCUGAAUUAGAAGUUAAACAUGCAAGAGCACAACAAGAUCUCUUAAGGAAGUCGUUACAAAGUUUAGAAGAGCUUUAAUCUCAUGUUAAAAAUCAAAAAAAUGAUUAAAUCAUUAAAGAUGAAGUUGUUUUCAAUCACAGUAUAAAAAAAAUAUUAAAAGAAAACUGGAAAUCAUACGAACAAUUUCUGUAAAAGAAAAUGGUUUAGUUAUAAAUAAAUAAAUAAUAAUAAAAGAAGAAAACGGAGCUGAGAGUGAAAAAAAAAAA